AUUGGUGCUACUUAGUUAUAAGACGUAGUGGCCUAAUUGUAAGUGUUUGAUCUGACAAAGACGUGUUUGGUGGCUUCCUUUUGUCAAUGCCAACCAACAAUAUGUUGUUUGUUUCUUGAACUAUGGAAGAAUAAAUCAAUAAAACCCAUAUUCUAAUGAGUGGUUGCUUCAAAUUUGUGGGAGAACAGCCAUGGGGGGUUUUCAAUUUCUGGUGAUUUUCAUUCUUCAUGCAAUCAUAUUUUCUCCAUAUACCGCAGCACAGCAGAAGUAUUUAGGAAAUGCAGUUUUAGGUUGUGAGAGAUUCAAUGAAACUGUGCCAUCUUCUGCUGUUCUCUACACUUGUACUGCUCAUCAUCAUCAUCUGUCAACCUGCAAAGCUUUCCUCAUCUUCAGAUCACAGCCCCCACCAUACAAUUCAGUCUCUUCCAUUUCAUCUCUCUUAUCUGCAGACCCUGGAGAGGUCUCCAGCAUCAACAAGAUCUCCAGGGAGGCCAUCUUGCCUCUGAACAAGGAACUAAUCGUCCCAGUAAACUGUUCGUGUUCGUGUUCGGGUCUGUACUAUCAGGCCAACACCUCUUAUGCAAUUCCAAGUGGCGGCACUACUUACUUCACCGCGGCAAACAACACCUUCCAGGGGCUUUCUUCUUGCAGUGCCCUCUUGCGCGAAAACGUAUAUCGUCCACAAGACUUGGUUCCUGGGAUGAACUUGAGUGUCCCCCUUAGAUGUGCCUGCCCUACAAGAAACCAGACAGAAAAUGGUGUGAAGUUUCUGGUAUCAUAUUUAGUCAUUUGGGGAGAUGAUGUUUCUAGGAUAAGUAAUCAGUUUGGUGUUAGCAAAAGCAGUGUAGCUAAUGCAAAUGGGAUUUCUUCAGAGGACACUCUUUUCCCAUUUACAACUCUUUUGAUCCCUCUGCAAAUAGAGCCUUCAGAAUCCCAGACAAAGAUUUACAAGGCAGUAGGAGCAGAAGACAGUCCCAAAGAGAAGCACAAAAGGUCUUAUAAAAGUAUCUGGAUUGGAAUUGGGGCUGGCAUUUCUCUGGCAAUUUUAUGUUUUACAGUAUUCAUUUUAAUUCGAGGUAAAACCGAUGAUCAAGCCUUGGGAAAAGCAGAAAAUGGGAAAGAAAAGUGGGAAUUACCUGAGCAUGUAAGGGAUCAGUUUCCUGCUGUUUAUGAGUAUGAAGAACUGGAAGAAGCUACUGAGAAUUUCAGCCUGGAGAAGAGGCUGAGCAGCUCAGUUUAUGCAGGAAUUCUGGGUGGAAAACUGUCAGCUAUAAAGGCAGUAAAGGAAGAUUCAUCAUCAAGUGAAGUCAAAGUUCUCUCAAAGAUCAACCACUGCAACGUAAUUCGCCUUCGUGGCAUUUGUUUGCACCUUGGAGUAUCCUAUCAUGUCUUCGAGUUCAUGGCGAAUGGAUCUCUGAAAGAAUGGCUGUUGCAGAACGAUGGCCCCGAAGUUCAUACCUGGAACAAUAGAAUUCGUAUCGCACUAGACGUUGCAGAUGGUCUCAACUACAUCCACAACUUCACAGAUCCACCAUUUGUCCAUAACAACAUUAACAGUGGCAGUAUAUUACUGAAUGAACAUCUCAGGGCCAAGAUUGCAGAUUUCAGGCUGGCAAGAUCAUCAGCACAGAAUAAUGGAACUGGAAACCUGUGCCCCAAAACAGAUGUUUAUGCAUUUGGGGUUGUCCUGUUGGAGCUGAUUACAGGGAGAGAAGAAGUGAAGAGAGUGGUUCAGAUCAUGGAGGGAAGAAAUGGAGAAGAAAGUGAGAUUCAAUGUGUGUUGGAUCCCAGGCUGCAAGUUAAGCACCCCCUAGGGUUCAUAAUUGACCAAACAGAACUUGCCAUGAGGUUGAUAAAACUUAGUGCAGCUUGCAUGGCAGAUGAACCUGCAAACAGGCCAACUGCAUCAGAAGUUGUUUCCUCUUUAAUGAAUAUUCAAUCAGAUGUGCAAAAUCUGGAAACUUGGUCUAUGUAAUAGGUUAACACUCAGGUAUAUAUUGUUCUGUUUUUACUUUUUAAUGGUGUUAUCCCCUUCACUUGUUGUAGAUAAAUAGUAAACUGUGUCCGCACAGGCAACUCAGUUGAUUCUUGGAUAAUAGAUUAUGGGCAAGAAUACAGAAU